CGAAUAGUAUCCUGCUGUUCUCUGUUAGCAAUCGACUCUCGAAGAAUCGACUCUGUGAGUCGACUCCGAGGGCAACAGGCGUGAGCAAGCGCGGGGCAGCGCGUAGUGAUUUCCGCGCUGGCAUGACGACUGUCGCGCGGGGAGCGAGCGCGCGCGUGCGUGCGUGCGUGUGUGUGAUGGGAUUACUUACACAACAGCACGGGAUGACGGGGUUUUGUGUGCAGAUCUUUUUCCUUGCGUAGCCAGAGCUCGUGCACUUUGAAAGAUGGACCGCAAAGUGAGUAUCAGACGCGCCACCUCGGCCGGGUACCGCUUACCGGAGCGCCCCAGCGUCGCCCUGGCCUCUCAGUCCUCGGUGUCCGUGAAGAGACCUCCGCAGAGCGGCCCGAGGAACACGAGCGAGCCGCCGCCGGAGCGGGACCCCGACACCCGGGACCCGGUGAAACAGGACCGGGUUUGGAGAGAGCUGGUGCGCGCGGAGAGAGACGGGGUUAAAGAAUGGGAGAAGAACUGGAGUUUUCUGAAAGACUUUGAUCAGCUGGGUAAUCCCAGGACCGAGCCGCCGCUCCCCAGCUACGUCUCUCUGUACUCCGAGACCCUCCCCAACACCAGCAACCAGACGAUCGGCAGUCGCAUUUGCACCGAGCUUGGUAAAGAGCUGAUGCGAAUGGACAAGCUGCUAAUGCUAACGACGACGCACCAAAAGACCAAAGCGAGUCCCGAAAUGCAGCCCUGCUGACGACAGGCCACCCACGAGGUCCGAGCAAACUCAGUUAGACAUGUCUUUAGCUGAGGUUUUUAAUGAAGUUAUCAACAAAACAAAGCUUAAUUGUUUUUUAUUAUUAUUAUUCUUGUUUUUUUUUUAUACAGAAGUUAGUAAAACCGUUGUUUGGUAAAGAAGAUUUUCAACUGAUAUUUGUACAACAGCGUAGCUGAGCAAAGCAUUAACAGUGGUGUCAAAGUGGUAGCUAUGCUAGAUUGUUUGGCCAGUCCACACUAGUGUCUAUACCUACAGUACUAUAUCUACACUUGGCAACCUUAUAGCAUUCUCCAUAAAAUAUUUUCCAGCAUAUAUCUUUACAUUUAUACUCACAGGGUGUUUUUCAGGAUAGUUAGAAUAGUAGAAAUAUCAGGCGGCUAAUUUGUCAUUACGAGGUCAGUCAAAGAGCUGUAAUCUGAAAUCUAAAUAAUUUUUAUACCAUUAUAUAGUGUUUUCUUUUUCAAUUCUUUUUUUUCAAAUAUUUGCAUUUGUCAUUUAGCAAAAACCGAACAUAGAGUUGAGCAGAUAACGGUCAACAUAAUUGUCUUAAAGGCUGAACAAUUGCUGUUUGAGAGACUUGGGCUUUAAACUCACAACCUUCUGGUCACAUUAACUGCUGAGUCAGCUGUUUUAAUGUUUAGUUUUUCCACAUUAUAGUUUUAAAAAUGCUUUCUAGACUACCAACAACUCCGCCUCUUCCACAGGUUACGCGAUAGCUCAUUACACAGCAUAAGAAAUGAGAGCUGCAUAUAGGUUUAAAUUUUAAGGCCCAUCUUAGCAUGCAGUGCCAUCUAGGUUGUAUACCUUUGGUAAGAAGCGUUUUAACAUAACAUACCUGUGCGACAUUAUUGACUUGCCUUAUUUUUAAAUUGUGGUAGAAAUGUGGGCGUGGCCAUUCUGUAAAGCUUGUGUUUAGCCCCCCAGUACAGCAGGCUCUGCCACCUUUAGUACCUAGUACAUCAAAAAGAUACCAACUCUGGAGCAGGAGCUGAAGUCGUCCUUGGAAGUCAAAUUCCUACAAUGGAAACACACCUAAAGUUCCUGAAAAUGUUCCUGAAGUGGAAACGCUUAUGUGUCAUGUUAUAGUGAUGAGCAGUAAUACAUGUAUGUAUCAUACUCAUAUGUCAUUUUAGAAGAUCAUGUACACAUUUGGGUUUUUUUGUUGUUGUCGGUGCUUAUUACGUUCUUAUAUUGGAUUUAAUUCAUGUGUAUAUGACUGUGUACAAUAGAAACUGACACAGCUACAGCUUGUUGAAAAAUCUUAUUUGUACUUUUUUUUUUUCUCCCCACUUUAUCAGUGACAUAGUUAACAGGUCGAACCAUGUUGUUUUUGUUCUUGGCUCCCAUGAAUGUUGUUGAGCGUGUGGGAGUUGAUAUCAGCGGCAUGUCGAGGCAUUCAGAGAGAAAGAGAACGUGGGCGACGGAGGUGGGAUCACAUCUAGCGUCUGGCAUGUUCCUGUCUAAUGUCUUCCAGUGAAAUGCUUCUGAUGCCUGCUCUAAUUUUGCUUUGACUCAUCGCUGACUGACUCACGCCUCCGUGGAAAACAGGUGCACAGAGGGAUAAUCAGAAUAUGAUGAAACCCACACUCACGUCUGUUUUUUUCGUCUAUAAUCCAAGACAAUUAUCAAAAAUAUUAGAGCUGUUUCUGUAAAAUAUGCAUGGAAGUAUAUUUAUAAUUCUCUGCCAAAUCUCAAUAAAAGAGCUUACUCAA